AUGACCGUUCCGGCACAGCAGAGCACUUCGCAGGUGCGCAUCCACCUGCGCACCCAAAACCCCGACAUCCAUCUUCCCGACACCGGCCCAAUUUUGGUCUCGACUGAAUUCCGACGAUACCAACUAUCCACUCUGGUCAAUCGCCUGCUCGACACCCAACAGCCCAUUCCUCUUGAGUUCCUGAUCAAUGGCCAAUUUCUACGCACCUCGCUGGACGAGUUUCUAUCUCGGAAUGGUAUCAGCGGCGAGACGACUCUAUCCAUCGAGUACCUCCAGGCUCUCAUCCCUCCUCUCUAUGCCACGAGCUACGAACACGACGAUUGUGUCUCUUCUGUCGACGUGCUCUCCGCUUCAUCCCAUGCUGCAUCUUCGUUAACUCACAACCAAGCCAGCACUGUUCCCGAAAGGAUAUUAUCGGGCUCUUAUGAUGGCUUACUUCGGAUCUGGAACAUGAGCUCAGAAGUUGUCGCUACCGGUCAAGCCCACACUGCUGCUGUCAAGGAUGUCAAAUUCGUCGACCCCUCUCUGAUCGCCUCCGCUAGUGUCGACAGAACCAUACGAAUAUGGAAGUACGACGACACCAAGACUGGCGCCGUAUCUCUCAGCCCCACAUUAGAGCUGUACGGACACAAGUCGUCCAUCGACAACCUCGUCGUUCAUGCGCCGUCAUCAAGGAUUCUUUCUGCCUCGUCGGAUCACACCGUCGGUCUCUGGAGCACGAGCAAGCGGGAAUCCCCCGCUGCGUCAGAAACCCUCCUUCCCACAGCCAACAAACGCCGCAAAGUCUCCGACUCCAAGCCCGUAUCGCAAAGAGGCCCACUGAACCUACUGAAAGGCCAUCAGGGCCAGGUAUCCGACGUCUGCUUCGAUGGAAAAGACCCUACUGUAGCAUACUCUUCCUCCUGGGAUCAUGCAGUGAAGACGUGGGACCUCACAACCGGCACCUGUGUUGACACUCGCACCACGCCUCACAGUCUGUUCAGUGUCUGUCAUCUACCGGAAGCUGGCUUAAUAGCCACGGGCACCGCGAAUCGCUCCAUCACCCUCCUCGACCCGCGAGCUUCGGCAACAAGCAUCACCACCAUGACUCUUCGUGGCCAUACGAACGCUGUCGUCUCACUCUCUCCCGACCCCAACUCAUCGCAUCAAUUCGUAUCCGGCAGUCACGAUGGCACGUGUCGGAUCUGGGACAUCCGAUCCGUCAGCCUGGAAGCGGGCACCAAUCGAGUGGGAGAGAGCGUCUACGUGAUUGAUCGAGAGAGUGCAAAAGGACAGCCCAAGACGAACGCGGGAGAGGGAUUGAAAGUCUUUGGCGUAUGCUGGGAUCGAGAUGUGGGCAUUGUCAGCGGUGGAGAGGACAAGCGGGUCCAGAUCAAUCGAAGUACCCAGUGA